AUGACGAGGCCAGAGAUUAUUCGCGCUGACACCAUCGACCUCCAAGACCACGAAACGCCAUCCGCGCAAAAGCACCAGGGCCCGCCUCCUGACGGAUCGUUCGCUCCACACCAAGCCGAGACCCUCCGCGAGGUUGCGGCCGAAACUGCCGAGGAGAAUCUCCGGAGCCCUGGUGUCUCGUGGUACCCCGACCACAACGACGUUCGAAUUCAUACCCUCGCUCUCGACUCGGCCACGAGUGACCGACAAAACGGCAGAGCGGACGCGAUGCGCGCCGGCGCCCAGGAGGAUGCGCUGGCAGUCGCCCAGAAUGGUGGCCACGAGGUCGACGACGGCGAUUUGGACGGUGACGCCGAAGUGGACAUGGAUGAUGACAUGAUGGACAAGAUCUCGAGCUCGCCUUCAAUCGAAGACGGUGGGUCAAUAUUUGCUCUUUCGGCCCUUUCUCCGAGCAAAGCCGAAUCCCUCCCAGAGUCGCGACAAAGUUGUACCCCCGCGACUUCACCGAUUGUCUGCGACGAGAGGUCAUCCUCCCCAUACCUCGAGAGUCCUGAACACCUGCCAUUGGGAGGAGACGGCAGAGAACUGUGCCAGCGCGCGGUUGUACAAUCCCCUUUUGUUUCUCUCGCAUGUCGCCAUCAUCAUCAUGACAGUGAGCUCGUGCCAAAUACCAUGGUCACGGAUGACGCACCAAGCGAAAGGUGCCCUUUGCCGGAUGACUUCGAUUUUGACGACAGCUUGCCUUGGGCGGACGAAGAAGAUGGGUGCGACUUCGAGCCGGAGAACUCGAACAAUGGGGACGGGGUAACAAAACACGAAUUAAGGGAGCGCGGCGUGGAUAAUGAGAACAAUGACGUACAGGAGGACAAUGCUACCAGCGACCUAACGAUACCUUACGAACCCGAUGAAGAUGAUGAUGAUGGCGACUUUUCCGAGCUUUCUGAUUCCAGGUUUAUUGACUCCGGCUGGGGUGGCGAAUGCUUACAAGAUACAGAGGACAUCGACUUCGAUUUCGUCUAUGCUCUUCACACUUUUGUGGCGACCGUUGAGGGACAGGCAAACGCUACGAAGGGUGAUACUAUGGUCCUCCUCGACGACAGCAACAGCUACUGGUGGCUGCUUUCUGCGUCCAUGUUGGGAGAUCAACAAGACAAGGCCCGGAACCCUAUCAGGUCUGCUAUGAAAAGGAGGAAGACCAAAAACGUCCAGUUCGCCGCUCCCACUUAUGUUGACUACUCCGAUAUCGAUUACUCGACCGAGGAAGAAGACGCCGACGGUGAGCUCGCACAGCAACAAGGGCAACAAUCCCAGCAAUCCCAGCAAUCAACUGGAGAUGGGGAGAUGCAGGACGAGACAGCCAAGGUGGAACCGUUGAAGCCAAAAUCUCAGUCGAAGCAAACCAAGGCCGAUUCAAAGCGGCAAGAAGCCAACGGCGACGUCGAAGCAUCAUCCGCCAACAAGACCGUGUCGCGGGCUGUGGAGGAGACUGCCGAAGUCAAGGCAGACGGGCCGAAGAAGUCCAGCGACGGCACCGUACGGGACUCGUUUUUCAAGGACGAUACGGUCGAGACCAAGAAGAUCACGCUGACUCCGAACCUGCUGCGUGACGACAAUGCCCCGCGGACCUCGAGUGAAUCUAGGGAUGUGAAACCUCGUCCGAGCUUAGACAAACUCGACAAGGACAGCAUCUUCAGCAAGGACGACAAGAAAAAGAAGAAGGAGAAGGAGAAGGACAAGAAGGCUGGCGGUUUGCGGGGUUUCUUCUCCCGAAAGGAUAAGAAAGCAAAAGGAGAUGAUGACGAUGAUUCAUUUGGCAAGCGGUCGAUGGACGCAGACGCCCCGGAAAAGGACAUGGAGGAAGACGAACCGCACCCAUCUCCAGAGAAGGCGGGCCCCCAGAGGAACCCAAGCAAGCUGCAGAAACAUCCGAGAGGCGACCCGUCUCCCACCAGGAGAUCCAACAGCGUCAGAGAGAACAACGGCGUGGACGCCAAACCUUACCUGUCAGAAGGGAGGAUCAAUAAUGUUGCGAAUGUUCCUCCAGCGUCGAUGCGCUUGGUCGAGUCCAGUCCGAAGGCGUCUCCCCAAGGCAGCCCCCGAGACCAGAGGCCAGGCCGCGACGCAUCGCCUGUCAAGAGCUCUCUGUCAAAGACGGCAAGACCAGAGCCUCGCCCGACCAAAUCCGCCAUUGCGAAACCCCGUGCGGAACUUGAUGACUCUGAAACCGACGAGGAGAUUGCACCCGAGCCUACAAGGCAGGCACCAAUACCGGAGGAAACCACCCGACAAGAACCGCGCGCUGCCCAGGACAACAUCAUGGAAGCUGGCCAGCGACCACCAGCGGCUGUUCAACCCACGCCAGCCGCGGCGCCCGUUGUCAAGAUCCCAGCGCAGACGGCGGACCAGCUAUCGGACUCACCCGUCCAGAGUGCGACGCCGUCGCCCGAGCUUGUCGAGCACGAGGACGCCGACAUGUCUGGCAACAAGACCUCGACGACGCCAUCGACGACGAGGUCCGAGUCCUGGGACGAUGCCGGCCUGCGCGCCUUUUUCGAUUCCGGCUCUGAUGUCCGGGAUCUUCUGCUUGUGGUGUACGACAAGAACACGGUGGAUGAUAUUGGCCCGGACCACCAUGUUGCUGCGUCGCUGUUUAGGGAACAGAACGCCAAGCUGGCUGAGAUUACGACGCGACUUGAUGACAUGCUCGGGGACUGGCUGGCCCGCAAGCAGAGGCUGAGGGGCGCCGUCUGA